AUGGCUUCAUACAACGAGGCUUCAGAUACGUCUGCGACAUCCAAUCGACAACGCUCACACAACGGAUUACAGCAACAGCCCAACGUUAGUUCGGACGCGUCUGAAAAUAACAACGACGGAAACCCGCACAAUACUUUCAUUUCCAAUGCUUUACAUACCAGCAGCCGGAGCUAUUACGGUGCAGAUGGCAUGGGCCUGUCUUCAGCUUCAAGCAAUUCCACCGUAGUAGCAUCGCCAGAUCUUCGGCCAUCUCAAAGUGCCACAAAAGAACCUCUAGCUCAAGAAACCAUACCCGGAAACGAAACUGCCACUCAACCUACCCCAAGCAAUGACUAUCUCCAAAAGACGACGUCGGGAGGCCCUGUCGAGGAACACGUAGUGCUCCAGGAUGAUUCCUCAGACUCCGAGCAUGAAGCAGACGAGCCGUCUUCUAAGCCUACCGAGGCUGCGAAAAGGCCUGGCCUGCAAUCGAAGAAUUCGAAACCCAUGACCGAAGAUGAUCUGUUUCGCGCGUUAUCCAGACGGAGAACCAGUCAAAUCAAUGGCCUCAGCAAGACGAAUACCGGUGCUACAGGGCGGAGCCAGGAGGAAGAAGACGAGAUUAACAAUCUCAUGUCAAAGAUGUUCGGGCAUACUAGACAGGAAGCAUCCGAGGAGGAGAAGACCCGACACCAAGGUGUUGUAUUCAAGCACUUGAUGGUGAAAGGUAUGGGUAUUGGAGCGGCAUUGCAGCCAAGUGUUGGAAGUCUUUUCUUGGACCCUGUUCGGUUCGUCAAGAACCUUCUCACUAAGGGUCCUCGUCAGGCAGCCGGAAAGCCCCCCGUUCGGACCCUUCUUGACGAUUUUUCUGGCUGCAUAAGACCUGGUGAGAUGGUGCUCGUCCUUGGAAGACCGGGAGCAGGUUGUUCAACAUUCCUCAAGAUGAUCGGUAACCAACGAUACGGCUUCGAAGAGAUCACAGGCGAUGUCUCGUACGGUGGCACCGAUGCAGAGGAGAUGGGCAAGAAAUACCGUUCAGAGGUGCUCUACAAUCCCGAGGAAGACCUACACUACGCGACACUAAAGGUUAAAGAUACACUGCGGUUCGCCUUGAAGACAAGGACUCCAGGCAAAGAGUCCCGCAAAGAGGGAGAGUCUCGCAAGGACUAUGUCAACGAAUUCCUUCGCGUAGUCACCAAGCUCUUCUGGAUCGAACAUACCCUGGGCACAAAGGUCGACGACCACGAGCGACAAAUCAAGGAAGGUUGGGAGGACCGCAUCCCCCGUACAGGUGCGGCUUUUGGAGAGGCAUUCCUUAACAGUGAGCAAGCCAACGACAACCUUGCCGAGAUCGAUGAGUUUGAGAAGGAGACGAAGCGACAGGCCGAAGAACGACACCAAGCCCGUACCAAGGCCACCAAGAAGAAAAACUUUACGAUCUCGUUUCCAGCACAAGUCGUCGCCUGUACCGAUCGCCAGUUCCGUGUUAUGGUGGGAGAUCCGCAAUCCCUCAUUGGCAAAUGGGGUGGCAUUUUCUUCCAAGCCCUCAUUGUUGGAUCACUCUUUUUCAACCUUCCAAACACCGCUGAAGGCGUGUUUCCGCGAGGUGGCCCACCCCAUACGAACCCUGCCGAAUACAUGUUGGAGGCUAUCGGCGCAGGUAACCCAGACUACAAGGGUCAAGACUGGGGUGAUGUUUGGGAAAAGAGUUCAGAAAACGAAAAGUUGGGCAAGGAGAUACAAGACAUCAUCGCGAGCAGACGUGACGCAGCGAAGAACGACGAAGCCCACGACGACAGAGAAUACGCGAUGCCAUAUCCUCAACAAUGGCUCGCAGUCGUCAAAAGAAGCUUCGUGGCCAUCUGGCGGGACCCUCCGUACGUGCAAGGUAUGGUGAUGCUGCAUAUCAUCACUGGCCUCUUCAACGGCUUCACCUUCUGGGACCUCGGCAAUAGCCAAAUCGACAUGCAGUCACGGCUCUUCUCUAUCUUCAUGACUCUCACUAUCGCGCCUCCCCUGAUCCAGCAACUGCAACCCCGCUUCAUUAGCAUGCGAGGCAUCUACGAGUCCCGAGAAGGCAGUGCUAAGAUCUACUCUUGGACUGCUAUGGUCUGGGGCACGAUACUUAGCGAGUUGCCAUAUCGCAUCAUCGCCGGAACCAUCUACUGGUGCUGCUGGUACUUCCCACCCGGCUUCCCUCGCGAUACGUACACUGCGGCAAGCGUUUGGCUUUUCGUCAUGCUCUUUGAGGUCUUCUAUUUGGGCUUCGGACAAGCAAUUGCGUCUUUCUCUCCCAACGAGCUGCUCGCAUCGCUACUGGUACCGCUCUUCUUCACCUUCAUUGUGUCCUUCUGUGGUGUGGUGGUGCCAUACGCCAGCUUACCCACAUUUUGGCAAAGCUGGAUGUAUUUUUUAACACCCUUCAGGUACUUGCUCGAAGGGUUUCUUGCGCUACUUGUUCAAGGACAGGAGAUCAGAUGCGAGACUAAGGAAAUGGCGAUCUUUCCACCCCCACCUGGCCAAGACUGUCAGACAUACGCCGGUCAAUUCGCGCAGCAAGCAGGGGGGUAUGUCGAAGCCCAGCCAGACGGGAACUGUGGAUUCUGUCAGUACGCAACGGGCGAGUCCUUCCUGACCAGCUUCAACGUCUUUCCACGUUAUAUCUGGCGCGAUUUUGGUAUCAUGUGGGCGUAUAUUUUCUUCAACUUUGCAGUCGUCUUCAUCUGCACGUGGCUUUACCUGGGCGGCCUACGCCAGAUCAAGUCGUUCUUCAGCCCAGCUGCGCGCAAACAAAAGAAGGAGACGAAGAAGAAGCAGAGCGGUGAUGCGGCUUGA